AUUUGUAAACUUCUCUACACAGAGACCUGGUGUGCUGCGUCUCUGAGUGAAUCAGCCUGUGAGCCGUUUAUUAAACAGAACUCUGUCAGAACAAGUAUGAACAUGGAAGUGAAGGCAGCAUGAGAGGACGCGUUUAGAAAGGCUGAAAAAAAGAAGAAGACAGAUUAACACACAGGAAGUAGGAAGUGUGAUCUGCGAUAUCUCCACUUUGUGUGUGUGUGUUUGAGUGUGUAUCAAUGUGUGUAGUGUGUGUGUGUUCUGUGGAGUUGUAUGUGUGAAAAGAAACACUGACCUGUGUUAUGAGUGAAGGACAAUGUCUCUGAAACUACCUCGCAACUGGGACUUCAGCACCUUCAAGGCUGAGACAGCUCGCAUAGCUCGAUCCAAGAGUGUGAUACCUGGAGAGGGCAGCCCUGGCCAGGGCUCACCGCGCUCCUCCAGGUCCAUGGAGAGACCUCUGAAGGCCGGCUGGCUCAAGAAACAGCAGAGGUCUUUGGUGAAGAACUGGCAGCAGCGUUACUUUGUGCUGAGAGGAAGCACGCUGACCUACCACAAAGAUGACAAGGAGACCACCGUCCAGGGAGUCAUUCAGCUGCGGUUCAGUAAAGUCAAUGAACUACCUUUAAACUCAGAAGAACCGGGGAAGUACCUCUUUGAGAUUGUACCACGUACAACAGGAGACAGAGAGCGAUGUCCCUACGUGUUCAUGACAAGCUCCCAGAGCGACAUGGAGGAGUGGGUCCGGACCCUGCGCAGGGUCAUAGGAGUACCAGCAAGUGGAGUUUUUGGAAAGGGUCUGAAGGACACAGUAACAUAUGAGCAGCGGUUCGGGCCUCACUUGGUGCCCAUCCUGGUGCAGAAGUGUGUGGAGUUCAUCAAAGAGCAUGGUCUGGAUGAGGAGGGCAUCUUCCGCCUCCCGGGUCAAGACAAUGCUGUCAAACAAUUCAGAGACGCCUUUGAUGCUGGAGAGAGGCCCUCCUUCCCCAGUGACACAGAUGUCCACACGGUUGCGUCACUGCUCAAACUUUACUUGCGUGAGCUGCCGGAGCCGGUGGUGCCCUGGACUCAGUACCAGGACUUCCUGGACUGCACCAUGAUGCUGGAUUCCAACAACACAGAGGGUUGGGAGAAGUUUGAGAAGCAAAUCGCUAUUCUCCCCAGAAUGAACUACAACCUGCUCGGCUAUGUCUGUAGGUUUCUGUUUGAGGUGCAGCUUCACUCCAAAGUGAAUAAGAUGAAUGUGGAGAACUUGGCCACAGUGAUGGGGAUCAACCUGCUGAAACCUCAGAUAGAAGACCCCAUCACUGUGAUGAAGGCGACUCCCCAGAUCCAGAAGCUGAUGACAGUGAUGAUCAGACAGCAUGAGAAGUUGUUUCCUCUCUCUGAAGACGUGCUUCCCUCCUCUCCCUCAAACAAGGCUGAGAGCCAAAAGAACACUCCCCGGAGCUUCGUGGGCUGGGAGUCUGCAGAGAUGGGUGAUGCAUCUCUCUCUGAGUCUCCAGAAGAGGAGGAAGACAACGACAGUCCAGUACCAGACAGAGGACGCUGCAGCCCCCGAAACGCACGUCAGGAGACUCUCUCACCCACGACAGAUGACUGGUCUGGAAGCCCCCGCAAACGCACUCAGACCCUCCCCACCUUCAACUGUCCCCUCACUGGGAUGGCAGCCAAAGCUGAUGCCCUCAACAGAUGGAGUCGCAUCCAGGAGAGUGUGGAUGAGAACAGCGGGACAUUAUCAGAGGACAUUUUUAAGAUAUUGGACCAGCGCUCAGGUUCAUUGUUUGGGAGGCCUCAGUUUAGCAAUAAGGAGGGAGAGGAUAGACUAACAGUCAGAAGAGGAAGUGACAACACGGGUUCUUCGACUGCUGGCUCCCAGAAACCUGAUGCUGACCACAGGCCUACUCCUGUGCUGUCUCGUCAGAAGAGUGUAGGGAACAUGAUAGAGAGCGUCUCGGUUCAGCAGGUCAACAUCAAGUCUGAGCAGAAGAAAAACAGCCAGCAGCCUGGGGACAGUCUACAGCACGAGAACAAGGAGCUGAAGGCCACAGUAGCAGAGCUCCAGUCUGCUCUAGAGGCAGAACGCCGCCAUGUGGCCGCUCUGGAGAUCUGCCUGAAAAAUGCUGAGCGCAGCCGAGAUGAGGCUCAGAAACGCAACGAGGAGCUGCAAAGAGACAUUCAGCAGUUCCUCACCAAGGAGCCACAAGCCCCCACCUAAAGCCAUGCUCAGAUCCACUAGAAUAUAGAGUUUUGACUUCAUUACACCCAACAGAAAGUAAUAUGGUCCCUCAUUGGGGCACAGGGUCCUUUCCAUUUGAGUUAUGAUUGAUCCUCAAGAUAAAUGAUUGGCUCAUUUAUUUGUCCCUGGAAGAAAGUGUGAAGACAGGAUCUGAUAGUCUGAAUUAUCAGUGUGCUAAUUAAAGGCUUUAAACUGUUCGACCCUCCCUGCAGAAGGAUUCACGUUCCUGCACAUGAACUGUCCUGGCGUACACCUGAAGCUGUUACACAGGACAUGCAGGAAAAGGAACACCAUGAUUGUUAUAUAAAUGAUUUACAAAGAGGGCAUUUUGCAACCAGAAAAUGCAAGAAAUGAUUUUGUGAUACAGAGCUAUAAAAAGCAUAAUCUGCUUUUCUGAGGUCAGCUGGACUGAACAUGUAGAUGGUGGACAGAAAAUAUGAUGUUUCAUAUAUGAAGUAAAUUGUCCUGGAUGUUUAAUGUGAUGGUAAAUUAACAAAACUGUAGAAAUUUACGUUUUUUUAUUCAGGCAUUGAAUAAUGUUUCACCAUAUACAGAAAAUGUAAACUUUAUGUGAAGUGAAAUAGUUCAAGACUUUUUUGCUCGAAUUAGAAUAUCAUAACUCAUGGAAAUCAGAAAUCCAGUAACUGGAAUGAUUCGAGUUUUUCCUCAAAUAAAAAAUAAAAAGAUCUAACAUUUAAAACGCAAAA